AAGAGGCACACGCACAAGAGCCAAGAGGGGAAGCGAAGAGGACACAGACAAGGGCACAGUUGCAGAUAUUGGUGGUGUAUAUGCCGUGUCGAUAUUCUCUCCCUGUAAUCUCCAAUCCUCUCGUCGUCUGUACCCUGCCUGCAUCUCUCUGUCGCAUUCCUCAAUUGGAUUCUUGGUUUGCAGCGAUAAAUUUGGGGUACAGGAAGGGCGAUAUUUCUGUUCAAAUUAUUGGGAUACUCUGCUCGUCGGAAUGUUUAAUAUUGCACUGAAAAUAGGGAGGAAGAGGGCCGCCGCCGCCGCCAGAAGAAUACGGAAGGUGAAGGUGUCGAGAUUCGGGGGUUAUGCGUCUAAGAGCUACACUUCUGUUUCCUGCACAACCUUCAAUAUACUCGCCCCUAUUUACAAAAGGCUCAAUCAACAGGACCCUAAUUUCAGGGAAAGUGAUGUUAAGGAUUUUUGGCUGGACAGGAACCACAGGAUUCUGGAUUGGUUACUGUAUGAAAGAUCCUCCGUAAUCUGUCUUCAGGAAUUCUGGGUCAUGAAUGAAGAGCUUGUGGGUAUAUAUGAUAAAAGGCUUGGUGAUGCUGGCUACAUCAGUUUCAAGCUUGCAAGGACAAAUAACCGUGGCGAUGGUCUGCUGACUGCUAUUCGUAAGGAUCAGUUUAGAGUGAUCAACAACAGAGAGCUACUUUUUAAUGAUUUUGGCGAUCGCGUUGCUCAACUGUUGCAUGUUGAAUUGAUUGCACCCUCUUCACAGUUUGAAGACAGUAAUCUUUACAAAGAAAUUCUUAUAGUGAACACGCACUUGCAGUUUCCACAUGAUUCGAGUUUGUGCUUGGAGCGUUUGCGCCAGGUCUACAAGAUAUUGCAGUACGUGGAAUCGUAUCAAAAGGAAAACAAACUUAGGCCCUUGCCUAUCUUGCUCUGUGGUGAUUGGAAUGGAAGCAAGAGAGGCCAUGUGUACAAGUUUCUUCGAUCUCAGGGGUUUGUAUCAUCAUACGACUCCGCUCAUCAGUACUCUGAUGCGGACGCUCACAAGUGGGUGAGUCACCGCAACCAUCGUGGGAACAUCUGUGGCGUCGAUUUCAUAUGGCUUCUCAAUCCCAACAGCUAUAGAAAAUUACUUAAAACUAGCUGGACCGUCGCAAUUUUUGGAAUGCUAAGGUAUCAUAUCGAACGAGCCUCUCUGACAGAGUUCGAUGCCUUCGCUUUUCUAAAGGCUGAUAGCCCUGGUGAUUACAUCACCUACACUGGCUUCUGCGAAGCACUCCGGCAGUUGAACAUGGUUGGGCAUUGCAAUGGUUUGAGGCCUGAAGAGAUCAGAGAAGUUUGGGAGCAGGCUGAUAUCGACGGAAAUGGUGUUCUUGACUACAAAGAAUUUAAGAAGAGAAUAUGGAAUGCUUCAUUAGCACCAGCGAGUUGCGACGAAUUUUGCAGCGACAACGACAAUGGAAGCACAGAGCAAAGAAUUAUUGGAUUCAGGGUGAAGAAUGCGGCGCUGUUCCCGGAAGAAGUAGAGAAAGGGACGUGGCCGGAAAACUACUCCCUCUCCGACCAUGCUCGAUUGACAGUCACAUUCGACGCCGUUGCAUUGCCAUGCUCGACAGACUGACUGUUUUGUUCGACAAGUCAUAAAACUUGUGUAACAAAACUAGGCGCCGUGCGGACGCUUUCUUUGGCCUGCGAAGCUGCAGACGAUUGAUCGCCGGGCGGUGCGCGUCGGUGCUCGGAAAUUGCGGAAUACGAUUGAGCAGUGAAGAUGGAUAAGAAACAUGGUAGCAUGAGAUCAUUCAUAUUCAUAUUCAUGUUCAUAUUAUUAUUCAAACUGGUAUUCAUAUUCAUUUUGACAUAUAAUGUCAGCCAGACGCUCUUUUGCUCUUUUCUGUACCUUCAUUUAUCUCCCACGAGAACAUGGAAUAAAACAUCGUCGUCGUCUUCCGGGUGCUC